UUCGGGUUAGUGGGUUUCGUUCGUGGUUCCGACCACGACUCCUCCUGCUCCGUCUCCGGCCUCGGCGUGGUGUUCAAGGCGACCACGGGAGAUCCAGAGGCCAGAGCCAAGCCUGAGCCACCGUUAGCGCCUCGCUUCCUUCCGCUCCCGCUCCCGCCCCCGCUUGAAAGAUGGGGAGGAUACCAUCUCUGAAGAACUUCAAUGCGUUUCCGCAUGCGGAAGACCACUUGUUGAAGAAGACUUACUCCGGUGCCAUAGUGACGAUUUUUGGGCUAAUUAUAAUGUUUACACUCUUCGUGCACGAGCUGAAGUUUUAUCUCACAACCUACACUAUGCAUCAGAUGUCUGUAGAUCUGAAACGAGGAGAAACUCUGCCAAUUCAUAUAAAUAUGUCAUUUCCUUCUUUACCGUGCGAAGUAUUGAGUGUGGAUGCGAUUGACAUGUCUGGCAAACAUGAGGUUGACUUGCAUACAAAUAUUUGGAAGCUUCGCCUGGAUAAGUAUGGCACCAUCAUUGGUACCGAGUACUUGUCCGAUCUAGUUGAAAAAGAGCAUGGGGCUCACCAUCAUGACAAUGGCCAUGAGCAUCAUGAUGAAGAAAAGAAGCCCGAGCACACCUUCAACGAAGAUGCAGAUAAAAUGGUUAAGAGUGUCAGACAAGCACUGGAAAAUGGUGAAGGAUGCCGAGUAUAUGGUAUGUUGGACGUGCAGAGGGUUGCUGGUAACUUCCAUAUAUCGGUGCAUGGUUUAAACAUUUAUGUCGCAGAGAAGAUUUUUGAAGGGUCAAGCCAUGUCAACGUCAGUCACGUUAUACAUGAACUGUCCUUUGGUCCGAAAUACCCUGGAAUUCAUAAUCCACUGGAUGAUACUACAAGGAUACUCCAUGAUGCAAGUGGGACAUUCAAAUACUAUAUCAAGGUUGUCCCAACCGAAUACAGAUACCUCUCAAAGCAAGUAUUGCCAACAAAUCAGUUUUCCGUUACAGAGUAUUUUGUUCCCAUUCGCCCAGCUGAUAGAUCCUGGCCAGCUGUUUACUUCCUGUAUGAUCUCUCACCAAUCACAGUCACCAUCAAAGAAGAAAGACGUAACUUCCUACAUUUCAUAACUCGCCUGUGUGCAGUUCUUGGGGGUACAUUUGCAAUGACAGGAAUGCUUGACCGAUGGAUGUACCGGAUUAUCGAAUCUGUCAGUAGUUCAAAACCCAGAAGUGUAUUGCGAUAGUUGUGCAUCGCAUGCCGAACGAAGGAAACUACUUGUGUCAAGUCAGUCAUACAGCGUGUUGUCUCAACUAACUGAUCAAAGCACGGUCACUCCCCUCUGUGGAUGUCAUGUUUUGUAUGCGACAUGCAUCUAUAACUCAAAAUUAUGUUUUAGUCUUAUGAUUACUCAUGUUAGAUUGGCAUUGGUGCAAGUAUGCAGUUUUGUUAUGAACCGAUGCACUGAGGUACCGUUGGUGUCAUGUUUCUGGGGAGCAAACGUUGUGAUACCUUAACUGUGCCAUAGAAAGAUAUGUCCCCAAUGUGAGCAAUAGUGCAAAAAAGUAUACUGCGAUACUUGGAAUUAUAA